AUGCUAAGAUUAUACAGAAAAUUAGUUUAAAAUAAUAAAAUAGCUUUUAAUUUUUGUUCUCAAAUUUAAAAAGCAGAAAUAAAAAAAGAUGAAGUUCCAGUCCAUUUAAGGCCAUAUGAUAGAUAAAAAUAUGAAGUUCCAUCUACCAAAUUAAAAUAUUCAUCAGGUUAUGCACUUUUGGAUGUUGAUCCAAUGCCAAGAUCUACAAUAAUGAAAAUUAGCUACAAUCUACUAGAAAGAUUAAAAGAAGUUCCUGAACAUGCGAUGUAUAGAAUUUAUACUGAAGAAAAGGUUAAAUAUAUCAUGAAACUAACUGAUGAAGUUGAAGAUAUUAAAACUUUAGAAGAAGAGUUUGGACAUGAGUCUAUUGAAAUAUUUAUUUAAUGUUAUAAAAAAGAACUUUAAUUAGUUGAUUAUAUGAAAUCCUCUAAACCUUGGGAAUCUAGGCCUGAUGAUUUAGAAGAAAAUGAAAAUGUUAGGCUUGCCUCAUAAAAAAGAGUUGGUCUUAAACAUUAAAGAUUAGAUAAACCUGAAAGAGAAUAGGUUUAAUUUAUUGGCGAAAAAUAAAAAUAAUGA